UUUCUGCAGGAGGUAAAGCCCUACCUGCCGCCCCAGCUGCUAUGGGGAGGGGACAGAGGGCGAGGGCUGAGCCCCUCGGGGUGCAGUGAGGGUGCGGGGCUGGCGGUGUCCUGCUGGGAAGGUGCCCGGAGGAGGAGUCUGCGCUGGAGGAGGGCGCAGGGGAUGUGGAGGCAGGUGCACGGCGGGACGCAGGCACGGCCCGCUCCUGGAGGAGCCCCGCAGGAUGAGUAAUGCCACACGUGCUUGGCCCUCUCCUGCGGCACCCAGCUCCCCAGGGCCGGGCACAGCUGCCAGGCUGGCCGCCGUCACCCCAUCCCCAGCCCUCACCGUGCUCACGGCUGCUCACAACGACUCCCAGCACGGCCAGCAGCUGUUCCUGACCACAACAACAGCACGGGUCAUCUCCGGCAUCUUCGUGUGGUCGGCGCUCAUCGUCACCUUCCACCAGAUCUACAUGCACCUGAGGAACUACACCAUCCCCAAGGAGCAGCGCUACAUCAUCCGCAUCCUCUUCAUCGUGCCCAUCUAUGCCUUCGACUCAUGGCUCAGCCUCCUGCUCCUCGGCAGCCACCAGUACUAUGUCUACUUCGACUCAGUGCGCGACUGCUAUGAGGCUUUCGUGAUUUACAGCUUCCUGAGCCUGUGCUUCGAGUACCUCGGUGGGGAGAGCACCAUCAUGACGGAGAUCCGAGGGAAACCCAUUGCGUCCAGCUGCUUGUACGGGACCUGCUGCCUUCAGGGCAUGUCCUACUCCAUCGGGUUCCUGCGCUUCUGCAAGCAGGCCACGCUUCAGUUCUGCAUUGUGAAACCCCUCAUGGCGAUCGUCACCAUCAUCCUGCAGGCGUUCGGGAAGUACCAUGACGGGGACUUCAAUGUCCGAAGUGGCUAUCUCUACAUCACCAUCAUCUACAACUUCUCUGUCAGCCUGGCGCUUUACGCCCUCUUCCUCUUCUACUUUGCCACCAUGGACCUGCUGCGCCCGUUCGAGCCAGUCCUCAAGUUCAUCACCAUCAAGGCAGUCAUCUUCCUCUCCUUCUGGCAAGGGACACUGCUGGCAAUCCUGGAGAAAUGCGGGGUGAUCCCUGAAGUUCAGAUCAUCGACGGGAAGGAGGUGGGAGCUGGGACAGUGGCUGCUGGCUACCAGAACUUUAUCAUCUGCAUUGAGAUGCUCUUUGCUUCCAUUGCCCUGCGCUACGCAUUUACCUGCCAGGUGUACAGAGAGAAGAAAGAAAACUCAACAGCAAACCUUGCCCCGAUGCAGAGCAUCUCGAGCGGGCUGAAGGAGACGAUGAGCCCGCAGGACAUCGUGCAGGACGCCAUCCACAACUUCUCGCCCACCUACCAGCAGUACACCCAGCAGGCCAUGCAGGACGCAGAGCACAAGGCGCCGGGCGAGAACGGGCACGUGGCCUGCAGGGCGGAGGGAGCAGGCGGCAGGAAGAGCAAAAACAUCGAGAAGAGAGUGCUGAUCCUGUCAGAUGAGGAGCUGUAGGAGAUGUCCGAGGGGACAGAGACUUUGGACAGGCUUAAAUGCAAGGAAGAGGGGACUCUCUGGAGUCUGUGACAACCUGGUCUCGCUGGCAUGCUGAAAGGAGGAGAGCCAGGAACUCUACUCAUAAAGCCAGCCCCUAGAAGGGAAGAUGCAAUAACCAGGGAGAGGUUAAAAUAGUGCCAGCAUCUGACUUGCCUCUGGGGUGGUAGGGACUGGGCUCUUUGCUUCACUGCCAGUGUCUGGGUGCCAGCCCUGGCCCGUACCCCUGCUGGGUUCCCAGUGAGCCAGGACCCCCGCAGUGCCGUUGGACACACUGGCCUCCUCACCCUCCUCUUACCUGCUAACAGCACUGAGGCCUGACAGAAAUGCUUUUCUCAGCACGGUUCUGCUCUAGUUUCUCCUCAUUGGCUAAAAAAUGAUCUCCAGGGCCCAGGCAGAAAAGCAGAGCAGGAAGGUGACUUCACUUCACCUCAAAACCCGGUAACAUUUGAAAGACAUCAUGCCUUAUUUUUACGUUUUCCUCUCCCCUUCCCCUCUAAAAGCCUACAGAGUUGUGCAGGAGCCCUUCACCCGGAGGAAGAGCAACUCAUCCUCCUCGGCCUCCAGAUGGGGAUGCAGCUGCCGGAGCAGAUCUCCCGGGAGCAGCGGUGGGACCUCUCCUGGACCUCACCGCACGCUCCUGCAGCUGCAUUCUUGAAAGCUGCAGUGACAAGAGGCACUUGUUUAUGUCUGAACCCACUUAUCUGCAAGCGGAUCAGGAGUUAAAAGAGAUUCCAGCUUUCUUAUCAGAGCCAUUAUUAGGGAACCAGACUGUGACUGGUGGUGGUAGGAAUGCACCGGCCGGGAACUGUCUGUUCCUCCUAACUCCUCUCCAUCCCCUGUCCCUGCAUGCAAGAAGUGCUGCAGGACCAGAAUCAGCGGAUGCUGGAGGCCCUGGGGAGCUCAGCAGCACGAGGGCUGUGUGAGCCAUUUCCCAGAGAACCACAGCAUCCCACAACUCCAUCACCCUGUCUGGGCUCCAGGAAGGCACGCGGGGCUGAGCCCGACAGAUUUUCUCUGUCUUUCUGUUAAACUUCCUCUCCAAUUUUAUUUUCUCCUAUUUCUGCUCCCCUGCUGCUAAUCAGACGAUCCCUUAGGGAAGUUCUCUGGGCACCGGCCAGCUGCUGGCUGGGGUGGGAGUUGGGCAGUGGAAGGACAGGGGCAAGUCUGGAGCCUUUGAUUUGCAGUCACAUGGCAAACAAACUCAUGGGUGAGGCUUAUAGCUGUUUUACAGCUCCUAGUGUUGUUUUGUUCCCUGCUCUUGAGCUGCAAAGUGUAAAUUGCAAGAGGAAAUUAUUUAUGAUUUUUUUUUCUAAUAAACAGCAGUUUCUACCA